GAAAGAAGAACUCACAGUUUGAUCACUCAGCCGGUGUGUGUUUAUAGCUCAUUGUUUAUUGUUGAGAUGUUGAAGAUGAGUUUGCAGGUGGAUCUGAUGUGCUGUAAAUCAGUAGGAACUGAUCUGUCCAUGCUGGAUAUUGAUGAUUUGAUGACAGAAAUCUCUCAGCUGAAGAAAGAGGUGGCGUUACUGGAGGCAAAGCUGAGGGAAAGAGAGCUUUCAGAUCAGAGAUCCGGAGACACACAAGACUCAGAGCUCAGCCUCACUUUACUCUGUUAUACUGACGCUCAGGAGAGUGUGUGUGACAGUAAUCAGGGUGAUCAAACCUCCACAGAGUCUCUGGCUUCUGUCUGUAAUGCUGAUGGAGAACAGCAGAUGCUCAAGAUACCAUUGAAGAUGUGUUCAGUGAAGCUGAUGGACUGCAGGAACCUCAUGGAGAUGAGACGAGAAACCACAGCACUUGAACAACACAUUGAUUAUGAUAAUGAAGACAACGACGAAGAUGAUGAUGAUGAUGAAAACACAGAAGAGAAACAACACACUGAUGAAGAUGAUGAUGAUAAAACUACAGCACACCAACAACAUAUUGAUGAAGAUGAUGACAAAAACACAGCACAGGAACAACACUCUGAUCAACAUGAAAGUAAUGAUUAUGAGGAUGAUGAUGAUGAUUUUAUUCCUUCAGAUACAAACAGUGGUUCAUCUGAUGGAGAAGUGGCUUCUACAUCAAAACAGCAUCUUUCCUGCAAAAUUUGUGAGAGGACAUUCACUGAGAAAGGACGUUUAGCGAGACAUGAGAGAAGACACAAAGAGCAGAAAGUCUUCAAAUGUAAGAGAUGUGAGAGCAGCUUUUCCACCUUAAAAGAGAGGAACUGUCAUGAAUCAGAAGUGCACAAAGUAAAAAAGGAGUGUCCCUGUGAGCAGUGCGGGAAGGUUUUCCUUACUACUUCUAAUCUGAAAGUUCACAUGAAGACACACACUGACGAAAAGCCUUUCAGCUGCAGUGAGUGUGACAAGUGUUUCAGAAUGAAAAGAAAUCUUGAUAUUCAUAAGAGAAUACACACGGGGGAGAAACCAUACAAGUGUCCUCACUGUGAGAAGAGAUUCACCCACAAGAGUCAUAUGAACUCACAUGUCCGUUUGCACACCAAUGAGAGGCCGUAUCAGUGCAAAGAAUGUGGGAAAACCUUUAAACAAUUAUUUUGUCUAAAGACACAUCAGAAAAUACACUCUGGGGAGAAACCCUAUCAAUGCUCACAUUGUGAUAGAUGUUUCCGUCAGAAAUCUGAUCUGAAACGUCAUGAAAGGCGACAAUCUGGGGAGAAACCCUUUCAAUGCUCACACUGUGACAAGCGUUACCAUCUUGAAUCUGACAUGAAAUAUCAUGAAAAAAGACACUAUGGAGAAAAACUUUACCUCUGCUCUUACUGUGGAAAAAGAUUUUAUGUACCAUCUGAAUUAAUAGUUCAUCAGAGAGUUCACACGGUAGAAAAGCUGUAUCACUGUAGCGUUUGUGGGAAGAGUUUCAAUCAAAAUGUUCGCUUACUAAAGCACAAGAGAACACAUAGUGGAGAAAGACCUUUCAAAUGCACUCAGUGUGACAAGACGUUUACCCGAUCAGAUAACCUGAAAACCCAUCAGAGAGUCCAUACAGGAGAGAAACCUUACAGCUGCUCCAUCUGCGGGAAAGCAUUUGGUUUUUUAGCAAGUUUAUAUACUCAUCAGAAGACACAUGCUAGAGAUCAAACUGCCCUGAAAUCAUCGUAGUGUUUUCAGGCAUCAACAUUAAAUCCCAAUUACACUAUUGAAGGCAAAGUUUUGUCAUAAUCAUGCAGCCCUAAAGUUCACUCCCCAAAAACUGAUCAGAAGUCAAAUAAUUUUUAUUUGGAUGGCGUUGUUCACAAUGCACACAUUGUUUCAAAGCAGCUUUAUGGAAAAUCAUACUGUAAUGUCUUAAAGCCUCCAGCUGUAAAGAGAGUCAUGCUUUAAUGUCUUCAUCUUUAAGCCCCCAGUGAGCAAGCCAAAGGUGACUGUGGCGAUGAACAAAAACUCUAAAAGAUGUUACUGCAGGAAAAAAAAAGAACCCUGGAAGAAUCCAGACUGAGCUGGCGGAGCUAGUUCCUCUGUCUAUUCAGCAUGAAAAUAAUGCCAAUUAAUUAGCCAUGUCUAAUGCCAGUCAUGUAUUAAUGAAGUAUAAAGUGGUGCAGGUGAGCAUCAUUGUUCACCAUGCUCCCUUACCUGAAAUGUCAUGUUUUCAGAAGUCUCUCAGUGCAUGUGUAUAUUAACAAACUCAAAGCCUUAUUUUCUCUUUAAAGUGAUUGUAAUUAUCUUUCAUCCAUAAUGUGCAUGAAAGAGAAAUAACCUUUUAAAUGUCAGAGAUAACUUGUAUUUGACAAAAUAGUUCUAGUUAUUAAGCAGUUCUUAGGAUGGAUAUGGUCUGGAUGUAUUUUUGCGUCCAUUAAAGGAAUAAAAGUAUGUAUGUGAAGCAU